UCGUAGGUAGGUAGAGAAUGGGACAUGGGAUAGUGAUGAUGUACGGGACCUCUCGGCGGCGGGGAAGACGGAAUUCUCGGGGCCGGCCUACGCUAUAUGGGCUUAGGGCAUGAUAUCAUACGAUGGACCGCUACGGUUUCUGGGCCCGGGUCGGCUUGUUCUCCAGGGCUAAGAGGCGUCGAUUCUAUUACUACGUAGCAGUACCAAAGCAUAUACGUGCUGGAGCAGGCAUAUAAAGAGAGGAGGGGAGUAAAAAUACCUAUUCAGACUUGUUUUAAUUUCCUUCCUCGCUACAUCCUACGUCCAUUCCUUAUUCCCCCCCACUUACCUCCUACCCCGCUUACAUACAUAGUCCGUCGGUGCAUAUCUCCGUAUUUAGAAUCGGAGAGGUCAAUCCCCGCGCAUGCACCCCCAUUGAUGUAUGUCGCAUAUACGCACAUACUGGUAUACGCACUGUUGGAUAACACGCUGGCGAUGCAGAUGCCGUUAUCCAGAUAUUCCUCCUUCUCCGCCUCCACGUCGUCCGGGCUGAUCCCUCGGACAAUCUCUCGAGGGCUGCGGUCCUACUAUAACCCCACCAGGACCAGGCCGGGGUUGACGAGCUGCAGCACCUUUUUUUAUAACGGCAAUAAUAUCUCACCCCACCAUCCGCUCUGCCGUCCUCUUACCACGACACAAUCACCACGCCCAUUCCCGCCAACACCUCUCCCACCCUGCCGUUCCUCGCCCUCCUACCACCUCCCUUCGCCCAUCCCAUCGUCCGCUGCCGUGACAGCCCGACAGCUUCAAGGACCGCUAGCACAGUCAGCGCGACGACACUCGUCCACCAUGGCUGCGAAUCAGGAAUACCCCCUGCUGUGCUUGGAGAACCCUCUCCUUGACAUCCAGGCCGUCGGUACCGAGGAGCUCCUCAAAAAGUACGAUCUCAAGGCGAACGACGCCAUCCUCGCCUCCGAGAAGCACCUGCCUCUGUACGACGAGCUGCUGUCGGGCUACGACGCGAAGCUGAUCGCCGGCGGCGCCGCGCAGAACACGGCGCGCGGCGCGGCCUACGUGCUGCCGCCGGACAGCGUGGUCUACCUCGGCGGCGUCGGCGACGACAAGUACGCGGCGAUCCUGCGCGACGCCGUGCGCCAGGCCGGCCUGCGCGUCGAGUACCGCGUCGACCCGGUCGCGCCCACGGGCCGCUGCGGCGUCGUCAUCACCGGCCACAACCGCAGCCUCUGCACCGACCUCGGCGCCGCCAACCACUACGACCUCGCCCACCUGCGCUCCCCCGCCGUCUGGCCCCUCGUCCGCGCCGCCCGCUUCUACUACGUCGGCGGCUACCACUUCACCGUCUGCCCCGACGCCAUCCUCGCCCUCGGCGAGGAGGCCGCCGCCCACGGCAAGACCUUCAUCGUCAACGUCUCCGCCCCCUUCAUCCCUGAGUUCUUCAAGGACCCCCUCGACGCCUCCUCCAAGUACUGGGACUACGUCGUCUGCAACGAGAGCGAGGCCGCCGCUUACGCCCGCUCCCACGACCUCCCCGCCCCCGUCCAGGCCGACGUCGCCGCCAUCGCCCGCCACCUCGCCGGCCUCCCCAAGGCCAACACCGCUCGCCCCCGCAUCGCCGUCAUCACCCAGGGCACCGAGCCCACCAUCGUCGCCGUCCAGGGCGAGGCCGAGGUCCGCCGCUUCCCCGUCCACGCCAUCGAUGCCUCGCUCAUCAACGACACCAACGGUGCCGGCGACGCCUUCGCCGGCGGCUUCGUCGCCGGCCUCGUCCAGGGCGUGCCCCUCGAGACCGCCGUCGACAUGGGCCACUGGCUCGCUCGCCUCAGCAUCCAGGAGCUGGGUCCUUCGUAAGUGAUCCUUUCCCCUUGCCUUCCUCCCGCCCUGCAUCCUUUGAACCCCCGCAAUACCCUUUCGCGUCCUAAGCGUAUAAUUGGGCCCCCUUUCCCGUGCACGUACAUCACCCGGUCGAGUAAUUAAAAAGUCUCUCCCACCUGGGGCGAUUUUAUAAUUCUCAGUCGAAAGCAACUAUAUAAAGAGCGUGUCUGUGCGGCGGGCAGUAACAGUUAUUUGACAUAACUCAAGGGGUGCCCAGCUCGAUCUUCCCCCUAUUGCCCCUUUAUUACUACUACCAUUACCGUAUCCAUCCCAUCUCAGAAGAAUUAUUAAUUCCUCCCCCCUUCGCCUCCCCCUUCGCCAAUCCCCUCUUCCUGCCCCUUCCUGCUCCCUUCCGGGUAGCUUUCCGCGGUGCGCCACAAGUUCGGGGUAGGACCCGAGGAAGAAAAAAAAAAGAUGACAAUGA